AUAGCUUAGGCUUGGACACUUGCCUAUAGAAGCCUUUCAAGUCAAGAGAUUUUAGUGAGAUAAAAAGCAAAAGAGAAAAGGGAGAGGGAUUGGAAGAAAAAGGGUUCUAAAAAUUAGUAACAACAAAACAAAGAGACAUGGGAAGACCACCAUGUUGUGACAAAGAAGGUGUUAAGAAAGGACCAUGGACACCUGAAGAAGAUAUCAUACUUGUUACUUAUAUACAAGAACAUGGUCCUGGAAAUUGGAGAGCUGUUCCUACUAAGACAGGGUUAUCAAGAUGCAGCAAGAGUUGUAGACUUAGAUGGACAAAUUACUUAAGGCCAGGAAUCAAAAGGGGUAAUUUCACCGAGGAAGAAGAGAAGAUGAUUAUCCAUCUUCAAGAUCUUCUAGGAAAUAGAUGGGCUGCAAUAGCAUCAUACCUUCCACAAAGAACAGAUAAUGACAUAAAAAAUUAUUGGAACACUCAUUUGAAAAAGAAGCUCAAAAAAUUGCAAACUGGAAAUAAUUCAGAAAGCAAUUUUGGAGAUGAUGAGUUCUCACCAACAGAAAGAAUUCCAAGAGGCCAAUGGGAAAGAAGGCUUCAAACAGAUAUUCAAAUGGCGAAAAAAGCACUUACAGAAGCACUUUCACCACAAAAAAUAGCUUCUACUAAUAGUAACUCAGUUUCUUCCACUAAAGAAUCAGCUCAAUCUUUUUGCUAUGCUUCAAGUGCUGAUAACAUUGCUAGGUUACUCAAAGGUUGGAUGAAAAAUCCGAUAAAGUCUUCGAAAAGUAGUACUUCGGCCGUGACGCAAAAUUCCUUCAACAACUUUGUUUCUGUAGGGAAUAAUGAUACUGCUUCUAGUAGUGGAACAAAGGGUGAAGUGUUGUCUGAGACAUUUGAGUCUUUGUUUGGUUUCGAGUCUUUGGAUUCGUCGAAUUCUGAAUUCUCUCAUCGGUCGUUGUCGACGGACGCCACUGUUUUACAAGAUGAAAGUAAGCCGGAGGUUGGUUCGGAAAUAAUGCCGUUUUCUUUGCUUGAGAAAUGGCUUCUUGAUGAAGCAAGUUGUCCGGAGAAAGUAGUAUUAGGUUGUGGCGACGAUGAUGCGCAAGUUUUCUAAAUUCGUUCAAGUUGCGAAAAAUAAAAUACAUGGUUUUACGUCGUUGCGAAUUGUUAUAUUAAGUAAAAUACAGACAAAUGCAGCCGGGAAUUUUGGCUGCGAUGUUGAUGUUUGGUUCAAAUUGUAAAUUAUAUGGUUUUAAAUUGAGGUUGCAGUUAAGACUACGCUGCAAACCUUUGUGUUAUAGUAAAAUACGAACAAUUGCGACUAAAAUUGUGGUUGCGAUGUGAUGUUUGCAAAGAGAUCUAAAAUAGUUAUGUGGAGCUAUUACACACUUAAUACCAUAAGGGAAAGCUUGCUUCA